AUGGCGGAAAAGCGAUUCGAAGAGGAGGCUUGGCAUGGUGCCGAUGACGAGACCUGGCAGGAGGGACAAGCCUGGGAAGAAGGCGCUGACCACUUGGAAGGCGAAGAGGAAGAGGAAGAGAUGGAGGAAGCUGUUGUGAUCAUCGACAACGGCUCUGGGCUCUGCAAGGUGGGCCUUUCCACGGAUCAAAUGCCGAAGUUCAUCUUCAACGAAGUCCUCGGUCGCCCAAGGGCCCUCUGGAAGGAGAAGAUGCAGAAGCAGGGGAAGCCCAUGAAGGAUUUCUAUGUGGCCGACGAGCCCCCUGGCUUCCUGAUGGUGUUCGUCAGGUUCAAAGGAAGGCGAUCGGAGGUUCAUUUGCCUGGGGCUUCAAUUGGUGGCUGGGUGGGCAACUGGCAGGUAAGUACAGCACCAACAUGGCAAGAUUCCACGACUUCAAAGAUCUUCAAAGCUUCACGGAACCCCACACCCACGGUAUGCGGCUGA